AUGUUCUUAUCAAACCAAACAGAGUUGGUUAUGACAGAACUAUCGUCAAUCGAAAGGAAAGAAAUGAAAACAGAGCAGAAAGUGAACAAAUUUAACCUCGACGAAGAAUUGCUAGAACAAGAGCUCUCCUCGUCACCUUUUAAAGAUUUUAUAAAAAAUGAAGACGGCUUAGUUAAGCCUGUCCUCAUCAUUUCAAGCGAUAGUGGUCCUGCCGAGAAUCCACGAUAUCGUAAAGUGAUGGCUCAUGCCAUAGAGCAUUUAAAAAAAGGAGAUUUAACUCGAGAUAGAAAAAGUCAAAUAAAAGUCUUCAAAGAUAGUAAUUCAAUAAUCACAGGACUAGCCAUAAAAUCAACUGGAAAGCAAAAUCAUCUGUUUGUUUCAACCAAUAAUAGUAUUAACUUAUAUGAUAUAACAAUAAAAGACAAGGAAAGCAAAUCAUCUUUAGAUAAUGUAGGCUGCUCUAAAAGUUGCAGUAUUUUAGCAGAGUCCAAACAAGAUAGUCAUUUUAUGAUUGGUCGCAAUGAUGCUGUUUAUUGCUAUACACUUGAUGGUCGGGGGCCAUGCUAUGCAGUGGAUGGUCAAAAAGUUAUGUUGGAAUGGUUUAGAAACUAUCUUGUUAUAAUAGCUCAAGAUACAAAAAUUAUCAACAGAACAACAGUGUCUGCAAAACCAAGUUCUAUUGAGCCUAUCUCCCAAGGAGCUGAUAAGCACGUAAUUACAAUUCUUGAUAUUCAAAACAAGUUUAUUGUAUUUUCUGCAUCGAUGACGGUUGUUCAGGCAAUCCUAUCUGAAUGGGGAGGUUUAUUUAUACUAAGUGGCGAUUCCAAAUUAUAUCACCUAGAUGAAAAAGAUUUACAAUCGAAACUAGCUUUGUUAUUUAAAAAGAACCUAUACGACGUUUCAAUCAGGAUUGCUAAAAAUCAGCACUACGAUGCUGAAGGUCUUAUUGACAUUUUUCGCCAGUAUGGUGAUCACCUUUACCUGAAAGGUGAUUACAAUGGUGCUAUAGAUCAGUAUGUUAAGACAAUAGGGAAACUCGAACCAUCCUAUGUAAUUCGAAAAUUUUUGGAUUCUCAGCAUACAGAUUAUUUAACAACAUACUUACAAGCGUUACAUAAACAAGGUCAAGCAACUGAAGAUCAUACAACACUGUUAUUAAACUGUUAUACAAAACUAAAUCAUACGGAUCAAUUAAAAGAAUUUAUAAUGACAAAAGACCGAGAAGUGGACUUCGAUGUUGAUAUAGCUAUCAAAGUUUGUCGACAAGGUUCCCCCGAAGAUGCAUUGUUCUUAGCUAAAAAACAUGAAAAGCAUGAUUGGUAUCUUUGCAUUCAAAUAGAAGAUAAAGCAGAAUAUAAAAAGGCUUUGGAAUACAUAGGCAGUCUAGAUUUAAAGCAGGCAGAAAUGAAUAUGAAAAAGUAUGGAAAAAUACUUAUCGAAAAUGUUCCUAGUGAAGCAACGCAAUUUUUAAAGGUUCUAUGUACAAAUUGUAUUUCAAACCGUGGUGCUAAGGAAAAUUGUACAGAAAAAGCUAAUCCCGAAGAUUAUCUACAUUUAUUUAUGAACAAUUCUGAAAGAUUAGUAGAAUUUUUGGAACAUUUGGUUAAAAUUGAUUACAAAUGGAGUACAACAGUGUACAAUACGUUAGUCGAACAUUAUUUACAUGUGUGGUCGUCUUUAAACAAUGAAAUUUUGAGAUUACAAUGUGAACAGAAAAUUGCUUACCUGCUAAAAAAUCCCAAUGCAUGUUAUGAUAAACAUCAAUUAUUAAUACUUUGUCAACAGCACGAUUUUAAAGAAGGAGUCCUCUACUUAUACGAGGAAAGAAAACUACAUCAGGAUAUAUUGCUGUACUACAUGAGAAGAAAAGACUGCCAACACGUUUUAAGUACUUGCUACAAAUACGGCUAUCAAAAUCCUAAUUUAUGGAUUCAAGCCCUAUGGAGCGUAGUGUGGAAUAAACAAACUACGCCAACGCUGCUAUCUGACAUUCUCGAUUACAUAGCAAAAGAAAAGUUAUUGUCACCACUCAUAGUAAUCAAUACAGUUUCAACAUCGUACUCAUGUACUCUGGGAGAUGUUAGAAGUUACUUAAAUAAUGUCUUACGUCAGGGAUAUAAUCAGGUCCAGGUAGACAAAGAACUAAUUGAAAAGUAUAAAAUGGAUACGGAAAAGUUGCGAGAGUUAAUACAGUCAAUCAAAGAUGAUACAAUAAUUUUUCAAGGAUCACGAUGUAGUGCUUGCCAUCAUCAGUUAGAAUUGCCAUCUGUUCACUUUAUGUGCCAGCAUUCGUACCAUCAACACUGUUUCCAAAGUUUUUCAGAAAAUGAAAAUGAAUGCCCAGCAUGCAUGCCAUGUAAUAAAAAAUGGCUAGAUAUUAUGAAAGCUCAAGAGCAAUCAAAAGAUCUCCAUGAAACUUUCCACAGUCUGUUGGAUAGAGCAGAAGAUCCAUUUUCAAUAGUAGCAGACUAUUUUUGUCGAGGAGUUUUCAAAAAACUCAUGGUUAUUUCUGAAUGGCAACGAUAUAAACAACGAACUUUAACAAGUAAAAUAAAACAAAAAAUAGUCAAGCAGGAGCAUGACACAGAUUGCACUGCUCAUGAAGUAACAGCUGACGUUGACAUAUGCUUAAAUGAAAACAAAAACUCUUUUACUGUUGUAGGUAAAGUAGAUCAGUGGCGUGCAAGUAAUGAUUUCUUACCAUCUCCAGCCGCAACUGGUGACUUACUUCAAGCACUGAACAAACAGGAUUUUUAUUCUUUUUCUUUAGCUUCAAAUGCAAUUAACAGUGACUUCUCAAUACCUGGAACUAAUUUAAGAAAAGAAUCUAUUCAUGAAAUAAACAACAGCAAACAAUCUCCAAAAUCUUCACCAGUUGAAAAAGCAUGUGUGCUACCUAUGUCACCAAUAGUACCACUGAAUCCAUUUAUAGAUGAGUAUGAUGAAUUUAAAAAUCCUUUUGCUGAAAGGGAUACUGAAAAUAUUAAUGAUACUUACAACAAGAAGGAUCCAUUAAGAGAAGAUGAUAAAGAUUAUGAUAAAAAUCUAAAU